AAUAAACAAACGAACAAACAAAUAAACAAAUGAUAAAUAAAGAGUGCAUUACCCAAAUUAAAAGAAAAUUACACAUUAAUUACAGUACAAAGUUUGUAGUCCGUGCAAAUUGUACAUGUUCUGAGUGCUUUUUUUUUGUUAAGAGAAGAUGAAAUUGUGAAAUCUCUUGUAAGAUUACAAAAAAUAGUUUUACAAUUCGAAAACUUUACAUUUAUGAAUACAAAACCUACACAGGAAAUUUGGCAUACAAAAUGGCGUCAUUCCUGCUCCACCCUAUGCCGUCAGAAUCGAUUUUUUUCAUACGCAUGCGCAGUGCUCGGCGUUUCCGGGGUACACGCGUCCUCUCGGGGACAGAUUUCCGUGUCACACCGGCGCCGUGACUGUUUUAAACCGCGAGCAGUUCUAAAGAUGCUGGACACAUAGCUAGCUCAUGAAGUCUAGCUUAGCCAGAUAGCUGGAAUAUGCGAAUUAAAGAGAAGCGUCAGUAAAUUUCUGCAUUGUGCUCUUGAUCUCGGACUGGACUGCAGCGCUGGGGGAGAAAUAAAGAUGGCUGGAAUUAUUAAAAAACAAAUCCUGAAACACUUAUCCAGGUUUACCAAGAACCUGUCUCCGGAUAAGAUCAACCUGAGCACGCUGAAGGGAGAAGGUCAGCUCUCCAACCUGGAGCUGGACGAGGAGGUUCUGCAGAACAUGCUGGAUCUGCCCACGUGGCUCUCCAUCAGCCGCGUCUACUGCAACAAAGCCGCCAUCAGAAUCCAGUGGACGAAAUUAAAGACGAGCCCCAUAUGCCUGUUUCUCGACAAGGUGGAAGUAGAAAUGAUGACAUGUGAGGAGCCCCGCCCACCUAACGGUCCCUCCCCCAUUGCCAUCACUGCAGGUCAAAGUGAGUACGGCUUUGCAGAGAAGGUCGUGGAGGGCAUGUCGGUCAUCAUUAACUCCAUCGUUAUUAAAAUGAAGUCCAAAGCGUUUCACGCCUCCUUCGAGCUCUGGCAACUUCAGGGCUUCAGUCUGAACCCUAAGUGGCAGAAGAGUGACCUCCGAUACACACGGAUCACACACCCUAAGAGAGGAGAGGUGCUGACCUUUAAAGAAAUUCACUGGCAGAGUUUGCGCAUCGAAGCGGACGCUAUGGAGAGCGAGGAACAGGAUUUGGGGAACACACCGCUACGCCUCAUCACGAACCAGGGGCGCAUCCGGAUCGCCCUUAAACGCAGGGUGAAGGACUGUAAUGUCCUGGCAUCGAAGCUGCUCUUCAUCCUGGAUGACCUGCUGUGGGUUCUGACCGACUCUCAGCUUAAAGCUGUCAUCCAUUACGCUAAAUCUCUGAGUGAGGCCAUGGAGAAAUCCGCAAAGCAGAGGAAGAAUAUGGAGACGGUCCCUACCUCUCCUGGACCCCGCCCACCAUGGCCAGAGCCACACCCGGUUCCCGUGGCAACGCCCAACACAUUAGCACAGUAUUUCGACCUUUAUGAUGUGAAGGAGUCAUCGUAUCACACGUUUAUUUCUCGGCUUGACCUGCACAUCUGCAAUGACAGUUCAGCAUCAGAAACAGAUGAACCCCCUAUUCCAGGCUCCCAGGGUGCAAUGCAGCUGACCUUUCGUAAACUGGGCUUCGAUUACUACCCCUUCCACAGACCAGGCGAUGGCUGUCGACAUUGGGAGCGUUACUGCAGUGCUUUGGACUCUCGCACUCAGUGGGCGUCCAAACUGCUACAGGAUUUUCAGAAGAAACUCGAAAGCUCGGGAUUUCCCCAACCUCCAUCUGAACCUCGUGAGCCCAACACACAGUCGCCAGCCAAAAAAACACACAGAGAUGGAGAGUCCGUCACAAACGCUGAUGAAAGCUUGGCUUUAAAGAAACUCCGCUCCAGCUGCAUGGUGAUCCGUGUGGACGAUCUGGACAUCCACCAGGUGUCCACCAGGGGGCGUCACGGCAAGAAAACCCAGUCGCUUUUAUCGUGUAACCGCAAAGUGCUGAACAUGGCGGAGAACACGCCUGCCAUCCACCUGCAGUUUACCGAGUAUUACUUCCCUCACCACGCCGCAGGACCCGUGCCCUGCUCUAAUCUGUACGGUCAGCUGAACGGUCUGCAGCUGUGUGUGGACGCUGCGAGUGUGUUGUGGAUGUAUGUGUUUUGUCGUGGUUUGCUGACGACUCUGGAGCAGGUGAAGGCUUUUUAUCACCUGCAGGACAGCAGCAAGAGCGACGAACACGUGGAUGUGAGAGUGGACGCUACGCAGCUGAAGCUGAUCAUUCCUCUCGACUCGUCCAUCUUGGAUCACGCUGAUCGUCCACACGCUCUGAGUUUCACUCUCUCGCAGGGAUUUCUCAGCAACACCCAUCACUCUCCUCACUCGUCCUUCUCCGACCUCGAGUCCACGUUCUCGGAGUUUUCCGCUCAGCCGUUUUUCCGAGCCUCACCGGUCUCUCCUUUUCCUCGUGACCGGAACACCUUGCACCCUCUUCCUCCGGCGUUCCUAAAAUCCGAUCCCUCGCUCUCACUUUCGCGUUCGUCUUCGUUGGACGUGUGGAGCCUCAGCCUGUCCCGAGCAGCAGGGUGUUUUGAGGGCGCGCGGCGAGGAGGCAACGCGCCACCGUUCAUGGAGCCGUUCGCUGCGUGCGUAUGGAUGUGCCGAGCGCGAGCUUUAACGAAGUCGUUAAGCCAGGAGGGAUCGUUAACGAACGCAGAGAACGGUGCCGCAAAACCGUCCAAUCACGUCGCUCCGUCAGCAUCCAUCCACUUCCUGGUUCAGUCCAUCACACCGAUCCGAAUGUGGCUCAGUCAUUACCAGUACAUUGCUCUGCUCCGUAUGAAGGAUUAUCUCGCCAGGUUAGCCUCCGACCUCAAUCGCUUUCCGAGCGCAAAGUCUAAGACGGCGGCGGCGGCUCCUCCUACAGUGUGCGUAUCGCUCCUCUUGGACGCGCUGGAGCUCGGCGUGCUUCUUCCACCCGUCGUCGGGAAAACAGAAGAAGAAGAAGCGCCAGAGGAAACCGAUACGCAAAGCCUGACGGAUUCCGAUCUCUCUCCAUCACGCCCAGACAGCGGGAUCGUCGGAAGCACGGAAAAAGCGAGGGAGCGGCAGGAGGAUGAGUGUGAUGGAGCAGGGGAGGGGCCUGUGGAUGUCGAGGAGGCGUGUGAGGCUGUCGAAGAGGGAUUGGACGAAGGGAAUGGUCAGGGAGGUGAAUCUCGGGUUGCGACCUCAGUCGUUUCACCGUCACCGUCUCCGGCUACAGUGCAGAAUCUGAACACUUCCAUGGUCAGCCUGGAGGGGGAGCUGUCCAGCGCGCUCAGCAUGACAAAAGACGUGACUAAAGACGCCUUCAGCGCUUCCCUGGACCUCACCAAGGGGGCGCUGUCCAUCACUAAAGACGCUCUCAGCAUCCUGAGCCGCAGCUCUGCCAUGAGCAAAAUAUUCAGCGCUCAGAGCAAAGAACCAGACGACUCCGCUCUGCGUCUGCCACCCCUCAGACACUCACUUUCCCAGAAUUCCUGUGACAGCGUUGUCAUGGACACCAGCGUGGCUGACGAUGGCCUCUCAUUGGACAGCGACACCAGCGAAAACUUCGUCAUCCUCACAGACUCAGAGUCCACUCGUCCUAACGGCACUCCCAUCCACUCAGUGAGGACAGACGGAGGAUCCUUGGCUGAUCUGAGCAGCUGUCUGUCUCACAGCACUGAGGACAUGUCUCAGGAUAUGGUGUGUGUGCUGUUGCUGUCUCUGCGUGCUGUUCGCUCUCUGAUGGAGCUCCACGCGCAGGACGCAGUGGUGGCGAUGGAGGUUCAAUCUGUUACACCAAAGCAGCUGGGAAACCAGCGAGUGGUGGACCUACAAACACUCACACACGGUGCUUCCUCUCCACCGAUAUCCCCUGUGUCCCGCCCCCCGGAGGUGUGUGUGAGGGUGGAGGCGGGGCCAGGGGCGGGGCGUCACUGCUGCGCGGCGGAGAGUGCAGGUUUCGUAGAGGUGUGUGUGCGUGGGUGUGAGGCCGAGCUGCUCACCUCAACAAUAAACACACUCGGUCCUUUUAUGGAGGACGAGCUGAACUCGGACUCCCAGCCAAUCAGAAUCACCGUACACAACACCCGCAUCACGCUCAGGGAUGACGGCCCCCGUGUAUAUCCCACCGCCCCCCAGUCUGUUCCUGUCUCCUUUGUUCUAGAUGGUGUAGUUCUGGAGCGGCUGGACGAUACCAUGCUUACAGUCAGACCCACUGCCAGCCAAUCAGGAGACAAAGCCUGCUGUGGACCUGAAGGAGAUGACAAGGUACAAGCCCUUCAGUCCGAGCUUGCUGACGUUCACUCCGCCCUCUCCACAGCCGUCUCCGACCGAGAACGUCUCUUACAAGAAAUCCGCAAAUACGACCCGUCCUUCACUCUAUGACCUCACACCACUAUUGGGCAAAGGUCAGAGGUCAUGGUUGAAAUGCAAGAACAAAAUCCGUGUGUGUGUGUGUGUGUGUGUGGAAGGAGUGAGUGUUAACUUCUGCGUCCUCUUCCUGCUCUACUGACAACCAGGUGCCAUGAAGAGCUUUACUUCCUGUUACCUAGUGACCGUUACAGUGUUAUUUUAUAUUGAUUUUCACAUCUUCUUUUACUUUGUUGUAAAUAGACUGGUACAGUUAGUAUAGGCUGCUAAUGAGAUGCAUUACUGCGGAGUGUGUGUGUGGGUGUGUGUUCAUGAGAAGAGUGUGAGAGGAGAGAACACAGCAGUGGACCUCAGUCUUAUUUCAUCUGCACUGUGCGUGCGUGCGUGUGUGUGUGUGUGGGGUGGGGUGGUGGGGGGGUGUUACAUCAGGUACAUGUGUGAUUUGAGUUAUAGGGACUUGUAUAAUACACACACACACACACACACACACACACACACUGUCAAACCAACAUACACUCAUUGCUUGUGCCAGUUUUAAAAAAAAACAAAACGCCACAAAAUCUCCACGCCACCUUUCAUCACGGUUCAUAAAAUCUAAGCAACAUUCAGAAUUUAUUAUUUUUUUUACACAUACAUCCCACACUGGACUUCUUUCCUAAUAUCCUCAAAUGCAGUGUGUAGUGUGGUGGGUUUUGUAAAAAAGUGCUAAUUAGAACACAACCAUAAACGCUAAAUACUUUUAGCAAGACCACGGUAGUGCUAUUGCGUGUGAUGAAUAUCACAGUGUAUCAUUAAUCGAUUAUCGGCGCUUGCAUGCUUUAUUUGUAGUAUAGUAUUUAUUUUUAAACGAUGUUUUGGUACUGGACGUACGUACGUGUGAGAUUAGUUCUCUUUUAUUUAAAUUUUUUUUUUUUUUUACUUGAUUUGCACAAACCUGAAAAUGUGACGCACCUCGAGGUGUUGACGUGAUCUGCAUGCUCGACUCCGUCUCUCCCGAAGCUGUUUAGAAUCAAGUGUAAAGGUAUUAGGUGUUCAAAUGUUUCGGGACGGACCGGAAGUCCGUAAUACGUACGUGUUCAGUGGUCCGUUAUGUAAUUAUAGUGCCGGGGAAGUCGGGUGGAAGGUUGGAGUGGAUGGCGUAGUGUAAAUAAGUUUACUUUAUUGUUUAUGUCUGCAAGGCGUACAGGCAGAUAACUAGCGGCGCCGCCUUGUGUUCCCGAGGUUCCGCGUUUCAGCCCUCAACGCCACGUUAGCGCCGACAUCCGUAGAUUAAUAAGUGUAUAGGUGAGGAAUAAGACACGACGGAGUGGUGGUGGUGAGACGCUGAAGUGGGUAAUUUUCCUAGAACGGUACAUCCCGAAGCGUUUUAUUCCUCGGUCGAUUAAUCAAUCAAUCAACAUCACGCUUAAUGUUCCGUCAAUCAAAUUAGUUCCUGUUAUCCCUUACGUUAUAGUCGCUGUAAACAAGUUAAUACGUCAGGAAACAGACACGGCUCGUCACGUUACCGAGACCCGGGACGUUUCCUGAGCGCUUACAAAGCGCUGAUAUCGGAGACUCCUUCCUUAUACAGGUGCGUCUCAAAAAUAUUCGAAUAUCGUGGAAAAAUUGGUUCUUCCCGCGCUCCCGUAAGUUAAUGGAUAAAGUGGAACUUUCACGUACUCCGCAAAGGUGUUUCGAGUUAAUUAGCCGAUUAGAGCUCUUCUCAGGUCGACGUUUCUGUAUUAUAAAUUCUUUAUUCGAAUAUUUUGAGUUGCUGGAUGUUUGAUUUCCGUGAGCUGCAAGCCGUAAUCAUCGAGAUUAAAACAAAAAAAGGUUUGAAAUAUUUCAAUUUACGUGUAAUAAAUGUAGAAUAUACGAAAGUUCCACUUUUUUUUAAUGAGUUUACGGGACAAAUACGAACCUUUCUACGACAUUCGAAUUUUUUUUGGAGAUGCACCCGUAUGUUAAACGGACAUAUCCGUGAAGAAAAACGUCACCUUAUCGACGUUUAUUCAUUUAGCCGUGUUAAAUAACAACACACUUUUUUUUUUUUUAAUCCGUUUUUUUUUUUUUUUUAAAUCCGUCUUAGAUCACGUGAGACGCUGCGUGUAAGCUGUUACUAUAGAAUCGAUAAUGUAUAUUAUGCUACGUUCACACGUGUACCGCACAGGAAUUUUAACGUAGCGAGUCGCCAGUCGCUGUACAAUGAAGUCUACUGGUUGCCGUAGGAACGUUGAUCAGUGGGCCUAAUUUUGACAAGAAACCCGUUUUCGCAGGCAGCAUGAGAGAUCACGGAUCACGUGCACACGUGCGUCUUCGCUCCCGUCGGUAGUCGCUGCACCGAGUCGCUCCAAAUUGGCAUAAAGCUAAACUUUUCUCCACUUUGUCGCGUCACUGGACACGCCCACAUCUAGUCGCCUACGGUCACCGGAAGUCGCCAGUCGAAAACGAAAGGUCUCUGGUCGCUUUGUCGCCGCGAGUCGCCGUACACGUGAGCCUGGCUUACGGUGGGAACUUCUGUCAGAGCUGCUGUAAUAGAAAAUGAAUACAUACAGUGUUUGUUCAUUUCAUCAUAAAGACGGAUGUUCGGUCUAUCCGAAGGUGAUUACAGGUGACCUCGGGUGACCCCGUGACCUUAACCAGGACGUGGGAAACCAUUUCACAAGUUUCCUUGAAUCAUCUAGGGAACAUUUCAAGCAGGGAUGGGAAUCCCAGCUCUUUACGAUUACAGUUAGCGAUGCAGCAUGAGAGAAUCGCGUGUGAUUUUAAGCUAACAUUUAUACGAUGUAUAAUGUCAGGAAGUGUUGACGUUUUACAACGCGAGGACGUAGUCACGUCGCCGGAAAUCAGCGAGUCAUCGGUGUAACGAUGUGCAGUGAGACCGUGUCCUUACCGCCGCCCGAACCCGUGUACACGAUGUACUGAUUCACCACCCAGGGAGCCGAUUGAGACGCACCCAUGGUUACAGAGUAGUCAGGGCUUUGUUUUUAUGCUAAUGAAACAUUAUUACACACCUUGUCGCUAGCUGAGUUCACAGCCCUGAGUUUAUUGCUCUAUUUUGCCCCCUAGUGGAAUAAAAGAGACAAGCUCGUACGUUUCCCAGCUCUGCUCUAAAACAUGGUGGGAAUAGGGUCGGUGAGAAAUGUUCCACAUACGUCACCCUGCCAGUUAAACGUUUUUGAGCACCCUGUAUUAACAUUUUUAGUUAAACGUUAUGAAACGGCCUCAAGUUCGAUAGCAUACAAUCAGAAAACCUAAGUAAGAAACGUGACCUUUUAUUUUCUUAUUCGGAAACGAAAUCUAGAUUCAUCCGGAAAAGGCUGAUCCGGAGACGCUCGUAGCACACGACACGUUUGCGGUACGGUCGAUUAGGGCCGCAGCCACGGGACCGGAGAGCGGACACGAUUCCGACAGUCCUAUGGUUCGAUACUGUCUAACAUCAGCCGUAAGACUUCAUUUCAAUUCAAUUUGAUUUGUAUAGCAGCUUUACAGAAACAUAUAAACACAGGAUAGAGAUUUUAAGCGUGUGAAUUUAUCCCUAUUGAGCGAGACGGUGAAGAGGAAGAAACCUUGAGAGGAACCAGACUCGGAAGGGAACCCGUCAUCAUCCGGGGAACAUCGGAGAGCGUGAAAGUAAAGGAAAGUGCAUUACGGUUUGUACAUGAAGUCUGUGUGUUGAACUAGUCCGCUGUUCAACGGAGACAGAUCUCAGUUUGUCUGAGCGUGGACAAUGACAGUCCUUAAAGACAGAUUUAAAUACAAAAGGAAAAUACAUUUCUCUUAUUUAAUAGCCAAUAGUAGGUUUUAAAAAAUAAACCUUCACGUUUUUAAAAAAACAAAAAAAAAAACCCCAUUUGACUGGCAGCGUACAUCGUACUCCGUCUUAGACACGUGGUGACGUUAACAUUAGAAUGAUUUCAUUUCUCGCGGCGCACCAUCACAUCUACAGUGUGAAAAGUGUAGCAUUUUUGUAAGCGUUUAAGAAUGUAAAUGGUCUUCCACAUGAGAGAGAGUGUGUGUGUGUGUGUGUGGUUGCUCCUGUAUAUACUGGACACCUUGAAAGAGAAACACACAGCAAAAACAAGAUCAAGCUCUUUUUGUGUUUCUUUAUCGUAAACAUUUUUAUGCAUGAUCAUACUUGAUAUUUUACACAAGUGCACUACUGUGUAUGUAUCAGUGUGUAAAUCAGUGUCAUGGGUUUGAUUUAGGAUGCACUGUGUUAGAUUGGGACACAGCCCAGUCUCCUGUCGUUUGUAUGAAUUUGCAAUGUAGUAUUAUUAUUAUUAUUAUUUAUUUUAUUUUUUUUGUAGGAAUAGUCUUUUUGUGCGUAUGAUCGAGGUCAUGAACCGUUCAGUUCACUUUUAAGAUCGAUUUCCUGUUAAACGUUCGUUUUAUCUCGCCGAUGGUGCAGAUACGCCGCCUCUGUGGCCUCGUCCCAAACCGCUGUCCGCCCUGCAUGCUCGCUUCGUCCCUGUUUAGCGUUGGAAAAUAAUGAAUUCAUUAAUCAAUCAGAUGAAAAACAGUUAGAAGACUGCUGUCAUUAUGCUGCAGGAUGUAACUGGCGGGAUCUAGGGUGCUCUCGAGCCAGGCAGCGUGCUAAAUGCAGAGAAAUGAAAUGCCGGAGGACGUGACGUUACUUUUAAACAUCCAUGAUACAGUGCAGUGUGUGUGUGUGCUCAACAUACUGCAAUCUACUGUAUAACUGAAUUAUUCCUCCAUGCCCAGUUUAGACAUAUAGACAUAUAGUUUGGGGAUUUUAGGACGUGUCCUGUCUGUAUAGACUUGGCAUACAAUUGGGUGGUCUCUUGUAACAUUUCACGUUUAAAUUUUCAAAAUGUAAAUUCUGUUACGGUAUAGUCAAAAAAACAAACAAUUACAGUCUGUCCCUGAGUCUUAUUUCUACAGACCCCUACAGGUAACAUCCCUACUUUAAUAAAAACUAAUGCAUGGCCAUGACUUAGUAAAGAAGUGUGAACAGGAAUCAUGACUUAAUAACACGGGGGAACGAGAUGAUUCACGUAAGUGUAACCACAACUUAACGCAUGAGAACGAGCUGUAAUUAAAUGUGAACACUGCUUAGUAAUGCAAGCAAAUGAGAUAAUUAUGUACGUGUAGCCACGACGAAUAACAUGUGGGAACAAGAUAAUUAAGUGAAGCCGUGAAUCAAUAACACGAUGAUUACAUGUGGACAUAACAUGAGAGAACGAGAGAAUUGAACGUGGCCGUGACUCUGUAACGCGACGGGACGAGAGAAUUGAACGUGGCCGUGACUCUGUAGCGCGACGGAACGAGAGAAUUGAACGUGGCCGUGACUCCGUAACGCGACGGGACGAGAGAAUUGAACGUGGCCGUGACUCCGCAACGCGAAGGGACGAGAGAAUUGAACGUGGCCGUGACUCCGCAACGCGAAGGGACGAGAGAAUUGAACGUGGCCGUGACUCCGUAACGCGACGGGACGAGAGAAUUGAACGUGGCCGUGACUCUGUAACGUGACGGAACGAGAGAAUUAAACGUGGCCGUGACUCUGUAACGUGACGGAACGAGAGAAUUAAACGUGGCCUUGACUCUGUAACGCGACGGAACGAGAGAAUUAAACGUGGCCGUGACUCUGUAACGCGACGGAACGAGAGAAUUGAACGUGGCCGUGACUCUGUAGCGCGACGGGACGAGAGAAUUGAACGUGGCCGUGACUCUGUAGCGCGACGGGACGAGAGAAUUGAACGUGGCCGUGACUCCGUAACGCGACGGGACGAGAGAAUUGAACGUGGCCGUGACUCCGUAACGCGACGGGACGAGAGAAUUGAACGUGGCCGUGACUCCGCAACGCGAAGGGACGAGAGAAUUGAACGUGGCCGUGACUCCGUAACGCGACGGGACGAGAGAAUUGAACGUGGCCGUGACUCUGUAACGUGACGGAACGAGAGAAUUAAACGUGGCCGUGACUCUGUAACGUGACGGAACGAGAGAAUUGAACGUGGCCGUGACUCUGUAGCGCGACAGGACGAGAGAAUUGAACGUGGCCGUGACUCCGUAACGCGACGGGACGAGAGAAUUGAACGUGGCCGUGACUCCGCAACGCGAAGGGACGAGAGAAUUGAACGUGGCCGUGACUCCGUAACGCGACGGGACGAGAGAAUUGAACGUGGCCGUGACUCUGUAACGUGACGGAACGAGAGAAUUAAACGUGGCCGUGACUCUGUAACGUGACGGAACGAGAGAAUUGAACGUGGCCGUGACUCUGUAGCGCGACAGGACGAGAGAAUUGAACGUGGCCGUGACUCCGCAACGCGAAGGGACGAGAGAAUUGAACGUGGCCGUGACUCUGUAACGCGACGGGACGAGAGAAUUGAACGUGGCCGUGACUCCGUAACGCGACGGGACGAGAGAAUUGAACGUGGCCGUGACUCCGUAACGCGACGGGACGAGAGAAUUGAACGUGGCCUUGACUCUGUAACGCGACGGAACAAGAGAAUUAAACGUGGCCAUGACUCUGUAACGCGACGGAACGAGAGAAUUGAACGUGGCCGUGACUCUGUAACGCGAGGGAAUUGAUUACCAAGCCGUGAGCACGCAUCAUCGUUAUUUUAAGUAGUGAUGCCACCAGCGAGGGUCUGUUUGUUUCCCCUUUCCAGGUUUCCCCCCCCCCCCCCCACUGUUCACUUGCACCAGCAGGUUAAUGUAUUUUUUUUUAAUAAUAAUAUUGUAAUAUGAGGACAUUUAGAUUAACUAGAAAGUAGAAGUCUGAUUCAGGAGCAGACCUGAAUUUCUCCCGCUACUUUAACUUUCAAGGCUCUCGCAGACGUGUAUUAAAACAGUCCUGGCAUUAAUAACCUUGGCGUGAACAAGGCCAGGAGUAAGAUUAGAAAACCCUGGCAAAAUGGGACGCGACCCAGAGACAUCAGGUGUGUUUGAUUCCUCAUUAAUACACUAAAACUCAUCACAUGGACACUCGCGCCAUCUUACAGAUCCCGUCAGACCAUGUCUCAGAUCUUAUGAGUGUUCAGAUCAUCAUUUUAUAUUUAUAUUGUCAUUGGGUAUUUACUUAUUCAGGGGGGAAAAUUUGGUUCUGUGAACCAUGACUGUAUGUGGAAGAUUAAAUAA